CACACACACUCGCCUCACCGGUAGUUGACUGCGCGCGCGCGUCGGAAGCGGCUGUAUGAAAUCAUCGCCUGUGGUAGACAAAACUGCAAAGCACGGUGUGACGAUUAGAAGAAACGUCUGGUGCUGCUGCUGCUGGUGAAGAAUAAACCGGACAGCUCCUUCCCGUUCCCUGUCCGUGUGGAUAAUCAGCUGCUGGCCAGUGAUGUCAGGUGCGUGGAGACCGGAUGAAAGCAGAAUUCCAGCGGCUACAGAUGUGAUGGUCACGUUCUUCAUUUAUUCCGACUGAGCGAUAUGUUUGUAGUGAUGUCAUUUUAACUCCGAGACAUUAAAUGUGCUAGUAUAUGUAAGCUACACAGCCUACUUGACGCUCACGAGCUCGCAAAGGAAACCUGUUUUUCACUCAUCAGUUUUGUUUACUGAUGUGAACUUGGAUAACUUGUAAGCAACCGGGGAGCUUAGAUUUAGUCGUGGCGCGCGCCGUUCUCUGUAUCUUUUUGGCUCAAUUUAUAAUCAUAUCCCAAAGCUUUAUUUAUUUAUUUAUUUAUUUAUUUAUUUUUUAAAACAAAACAAAACAAAAAAAAAAACAUUGAUGAUCUAAUUCUGCUUAGAUGAUAUUAGAUGGCAUGUUUAGAUUAGAUUGUAUAGAUGCAGAUAUCAUGUAGUAAGACUCAGUUGUGAGUGAUGAGGUUGGAGGAGAAACAUCUGGACGUGUGUGCGCUGAUGUUGGGCUGAAAGCAGAGCACCAGAUUCCUGCUGAAAGCUGAACUGAGGGAAGAAGAGGAGCAGCAUGUCCAAAGCCCUGAAGAGGAAGAAGCACUGGUCGGCCAAAGUGCACGAGUGCGCCGUGUCGUGGGGAGGCGCGGGCGAGUUCGGCUCCGUGGUCGAGCUGCUUGGAGGAGCUGAACAUGGCCUCUUCCCCUUCCUCGGACACAUGGACCUCGACGCGCUCGUGUGUCACGUUGGCUCGCUGCCGUACUACGGGGACGUGCUGCUGGAGGUGAACGGCACGCCCGUGAGUGGCCUCACCAACCGAGACACGCACGCCGUGAUCCGCCACUUCAGAGAGCCCAUCCGCAUAAAGACCGUCAAACCAGGCAAAGUGCUAAACACAGACUUGAGGCAUUACCUCAGCUUGCAGUUCCAGAAGGGUUCACUGGACCACAAAUUGCAGCAAGUCAUCCGGGACAACCUUUACCUGCGUACUAUACCAUGUACAACCCGUCUGCCCAGAGAGGGGGAGGUUCCUGGAGUGGACUACAACUUCAUCAGUGUAAGUGACUUCAGGAUCUUGGAGGAAAGUGGUUUACUCCUGGAGAGUGGAAUUUAUGACGGAAACUACUAUGGCACACCGAAACCCCCUGCAGAGCCUAACUUGGUUCAGCCUGAUCUGGUCGAUCAGGUGUUGUUUGAGGAAGAAUUUGGCACAGAAGUCCAACGCAAGCGCACCACCUCCGUCAGCAAGAUGGACCGCAAUGACAGUGUUGUCCCUGAGGAGGAGGACGAUGAGGAGCGGCCAACGCUGCCAAACGGCCUUCCAGAGGGAAGUGAGGAGUGGAGGAGGCCGGUGCCCAGCUACACUCAGUCUAACAGCAGCAGCAGUGUCACUCGUGGAGGUGGCAGCAGCAGUAGCGAUCUUGUUCGCACCUGGAGUUCUCUCUCCAGAGACGACAGCCUCGAACCCCUACCAUACAACUGGGAGAUGGCCUACACUGAAACGGGCAUGGUCUACUUUAUUGAUCAUAACACAAAAUCUACCACAUGGCUGGACCCUCGUCUUGUCAAGAAAGCUAAACCACCUGAAAAGUGUGAGGAUGGAGAGCUUCCAUACGGCUGGGAGGAGAUUGAGGACGCACAAUACGGCACAUACUAUGUUGAUCACAUAAACCAAAAAACCCAAUUUGAGAAUCCGGUUGUAGAAGCAAAGAAGAAACUUGCGCAGGAGGCUGCAGCUGCAGCACAGUGCCAAAAGGGGGCAGCAUCUGCUCCAGGUGGUGAAGGGGGAACUCCAGGUUUCACUCGUGAUCCUACUCAGUUGAAGGGCGAGUUAUAUCAUACAGCUUUGAAAAAGAGUGCUCAGGGCUUUGGUUUCACCAUCAUUGGUGGAGACCGACCUGAUGAGUUCCUGCAGGUGAAGAAUGUCCUGGCAGAUGGACCAGCUGCACAAGACAAUAAGAUGGCCUCUGGUGAUGUAAUAGUGGAGAUCAAUGGCACACUGGUACUGGGUAAAACCCACAAUGACGUGGUGCAGAUGUUCCAGUGCAUCCCCAUCAGCCAGUAUGUAGAUAUGGUCCUUUGUCGUGGCUAUUCCUUGCCCCCAGAUGUGCAGGUGGACAAUGAAGACCUUCCCCCUCCUCCACCUCCUCCUCCCUUGGCUGGUGAAGUGGUAACAGCUGUACCCCUCAUCAAUGGGCAGCCGCUGCUAGUGAAGGGUGAUGCUUUGCAUGCUUCCUCCCAGGAGCUCCACUACCUCACUACCGAUGCCAGUGGACGUCCUAUUGUGGCAGCGCUACCCAGCAUUCCCACUGGUGCCGACGAGAGGCCUGAGGGUGGAAUGCUGCAACCGGAGCUGGUCACUGUGCCCUUAGUGAAAGGCCCGGGCGGGUUUGGAUUUGCUAUUGCUGACAGUCCGCUGGGCCAGAAGGUGAAGAUGAUCCUGGAUGCACAGUGGUGCCGUGGCCUGCUCAAGGGUGACGUCAUCAAGGAGAUCAACAGGCAGAAUGUGCAGGCAUUGAGCCAUGCACAGGUGGUGGACAUACUAAAGGAGCUGCCUGUGGGAAGUGAGGUCAACCUGCUAGUGCUGCGAGGAGGUCAGACUUCACCAGUAAAAAGUCUUAGACCUAGACAGGAAAUUAGUGCCAGUCUAGAGACUUUGGACCAGUGCCAUGAUGUUGGAGCCCCCCAAGCGCUCACUUAUUAUUCAAGCACGUUGCCCAGUAGCUCUCCAAGACGAGACAUCACCCUCCGCCAGAGCAAGCCCAAAAGCACUGCACAGGAGUCUGGACAGAGAGCAGUGCCUCAGUAUAAAGAGCUGGAUGUGUUUAUAAAGAGAGAUCAAGAGACGGGAUUUGGCUUCCGUGUGCUCGGAGGAGAAGGCCCUGAACAGCCAGUUUACAUAGGCGCCAUCAUUCAACAGGGAGCAGCAGAGAAAGAUGGUCGUCUACGGGCAGGGGAUGAGCUGAUGGCUAUCGAUGGCAUCAUGGUAAGGGGCAAAUCCCACAAGCAAGUGUUGGAUCUCAUGACCAAUGCAGCUCGCAAUGGACAGGUGCUGCUGACUGUGCGCCGAAAGGUCAUCUACAGGGAUGUGUCUGAUGAUGAUGGGGCACGGAACCUGGCUCCAGUUGUAAUGAAUGGUUCUCCAAAAACCCCACAUAUUCAAGUCCCAAGUGUCUUGGACCAUGAAAUAAUGGAUAUUACUCUCCAUCGCAAAGAUAAUGAAGGCUUUGGCUUUGUCAUUCUCACUUCCAAAAGCAAACCCCCACCUGGAGUGAUCCCUCAUAAGAUUGGUCGCAUCAUCGAGGGCAGUCCGGCUGAUAGAUGUGGUCUGUUAAGUGUGGGUGACCGUAUCUCUGCUGUUAAUGGCCGGUCCAUCAUCGAGCUUUCUCACAGCGACAUUGUGCAGCUUAUUAAAGAUGCCGGUAAUGCUGUCACACUCUCUGUAGUUCCUGAGGAUGAAUACCAAGGCCCACCCUCGGCAGCCAGCUCAGCCAAACAGAGCCCAGCACUGCAGCACAGAACAAUGAAAUCCAGCACACAGGAGGAUAGGUAUAAUCUAGAUCUGGAGGAGAUCAGAGAUGAGUUGGUCUGGGCCGAAUAUAAAAUGAUUACCGAUUGCGAAAAAGAAACACUGUGUGUUACAAGCUCCAAACAGGGUUGUAUUCUUGUUGAGUUGGAGCGUGGUCCACGUGGUUUUGGCUUCAGUCUGAGAGGAGGAACGGAGUAUAGCAUGGGCCUCUACAUCCUGCGACUGGCUGAGGAUGGCCCUGCGCUUCAGGAUGGCAGGAUUCAGGUUGGAGAUCAGAUUGUAGAAAUCAAUGGUGAGCCUACGCAGGGUAUCAGUCACACCAGAGCCAUCGAACUUAUCCAGGCUGGAGGAAACAAAGUACUGCUACUCCUGAGACCUGGACAGGGGCUUGCGACUGACACCAGCCCUGAAGCACCAGAUCCAGUAGUCUCUUCAUCUCUGAGCACUCCAGAUGAUGUUUUCCUUACAAAGCAGCUGCCAUAUGAAGCUUCAGCCUUUCCAUUAUGCUCACCUCUUGUUCAACCUUCCUCACCCUCAUCAUCCUUAGGGAUGAGAGAGGAUAGAGGUAGAAGGAGGAAUCCCUCUGCCCUCUCUCCAAAUCUUGCCAAGUCCAGGUCCAGUCUUUCUCCUCGUCCAAAAGGCAACAGCAAAAACCAGUGCACUAAACCUCAAGUCUCUGUUUCUCCCUCAACCUUGGAACAAGUAUGUGACAAGAGAAGUAGAUCUAUAGAGUUCAGUAUUGACUCUACAAGUACAGAAAAGAAACAUAAUGGUCCAUUUAAAACCAAAGAUGAUUCUCACAAGUCUCGUAGAUUCAAAGAGAAUCUAACACACUGCUCACAGGAUUCCACGAAGCACAAGAAGUCCAACAAACACCAACCGAGCUGCACAAAAAGUCACAAAAAGUCAAAUCAGUCAGGACAGGAAGUGUUGUCCAAUGGAGGAGGAAAUUGCUCAAAGAGUCCAUUUCGAAAGGAGGAAAAUAAUGAUAUUAGUGAGACGGUAGGAGGGGAUUGCUCAAGAGGAAGGCAGGGAACAAAGAAGAGAGAGGGCAAGAAUGGAAAGAAUGCUGAAACAAAUGGACGAGAAGAGGUGGUGGAAACUGGGGCAGUGCCAGAAGAGGUGAUGCUGGAAAGCAUGUUGGGAAGGAAAAAGCAACCACAGGACAUGGAGAAAGACCAAGACACCAGCAAAUCAAGAAUAAAAAAGAGCCAGAGGUAUCAUAAACACAAGAAAGAGGAUAAACUACAGCAAAGAAAGUGUAAAGAACUACAGAGUGAUUCAAAGAGAAAAACACAGGGUGAAGAAAGGGAUAUAGAGGAAUAUGAUAUAGUAAUACAAAAUGAGCACCAAAAUGAAUGUAAGGAAGUGCUGACCAUUAUAGAUGCACCAGAUCAAAAUGAUCACUGGACAGCACCCAGCUUUGCACGCAUUCUAACUCAUGAGGAGGUCAUGCAAGAUUUGUACGGGUAACUGCAGCAUGCAUCUCGCAUUGUAGAGGGAACCACGGCCUCUUUGCUUUCAUCAGAAUACUGCUCUGCCACUUUCACUACCAUGUUUACAAAGCUGCCGUACUCUGUCCCUACCUUCAGACAGAUACUCAUCUGAAACAGUAUACAGUGAAUUUCAUUAUGUCCCAAUUAUUCCUACAUUUUAACACACAGGAUGGGUAAAAGCAGUAAAAAUUGAGUUGCUGUUAUUCUGCUCUUAUCUCCUCCAUGCUGGGGGCAAUGUUCACUGAGGAGAGGCUUAGACUAGAGCAUCUGUUCCUUACAAAACAUCUACUGUGACUUUGUGGUCAAGUCAACAGAACCUCAGUUCUGCCCUAAUGUUCCCACAUUUACAGCUUUGAAAAAUGUGGAUUCUCGUCUGUCCAUCACAAUGCAGUUCAUUCAUAUGCAAGGAAAGGGACCAUACAUCCCUGCCAAUCACCAAAAUAAUGAACAUGACUUUUAUGCUUUGAGUUUUAUUAUAUGUCCUCAAGUCAUAUAGUCCCUAAUGCGAAUAUUGCCUCUAUUACUGCAUGCAAAAUCUGACCUUUAUCCCUCAACUUGCUUUUGUUGCAUGCUUUUGAAAUAUGAGUUUCAACCACACUUUUAACAAAGAACUUUAUAUAGAGGUUUGAGGCUGAAUUCUGCAGCAACUAGCUUUAAGGAAUUUUGUAGACUGUUCUCUGACACUGACAUGCCUAAAUUCUUGAUCUUCAAAUCAUAUUAUUAUUGCAAAAGACCAGAAACUUGUGCUUCUUUGCUAUUUCUAUGAAACCUCCGUUAAUUGUGUAUAAGCAUAGAGACAUGUAGCCAUAUCAAUUCACUGAACGUGAUGCGUACAGUUACGUAAAGUAAGCACUGCGGUAGCUUUUACUUGGUAGCAACUAUUUUGACCCACCACAAAACUAAUGGUACAUGCAGAAGUGUCUUCAAAUGUCUUGUGAUACUGAGUGUCUCAUUUCUUUGACUUUUUCUGAGUGUCCGUCUUCAAACCAAAUGUAAAUGCAGGCAGUUCUGCCUCUGAACUGAUGAAAGAAUACCAUAAGAAUAUAAUAUAUUUUUCAGAAGAUUAUUGUGUUCACAUUUCUCCAAAUCUCUCACACAUCUGUGAAUGAUAAAUGGUUCAAUAUAUCAAAAUACCAGUCUAUGGUAAGGUUAAUAUUUCUCAAAAUAGGAAUAUUGCAGUUAUUGUGUCCACUGAUUUAUCAUUUUCAUAAAUCUGUAUUCACUUUCACUCAUAAGAAAAAUGUUGUGUAGCAUCAUUAAGGGCUGAUUUAUGAUGGAUUGAUGGACUCAUAAAGGUACAUGCUUCAUCAAAACCAAAGGAUUGGUGAACAUUCUGUGUGUGUGUGUGUGUGUGUGUGUGUGUGUGUGUGUGUGUGUGUGUGUGUGUGUAUAUGUGUGUGUGUAUGUGUGUGUGUGUGCGCGUGCGCGCGCGCGUGUGCUGUGUGUAUGCCAUGUUUCACCUCAGGUUGUGAACAGAUAUAGAUUAGCUAAUGGUCUUGUGUGAUAGCUUUGAUGUAUUGAAGCCAUUCAGUAGCACCAUACGCUUUUCAGGCUGCUCUGAUCUGGAACAAAUGAUGAAUCAUUGGGCACAUCCAGAAAGCACACAGUUCCUUUAUUCUUUUAUCAGUGACAAAUGAUCAAGAGUUGUGGUGAGAUACAAACAGGGCUGCCACCACUUUGUCAGGAACAUCCAGCUGAAUUCCAGUUUGAUUGAAAAUGGAUACUAAAGAAAAAUGCCCUAAAGUUUUCAGCACCGUGCCAUUACGUAUGUACAACCCAGAUCUGUUAGUAAUGUUAUGAAACGAAAUGGUGUCCACUUACAUCAUUUCAUCAACAGGUGAUAAAAUCUGAAUGAAUGAUUUGUCAAUGUGCCCCAAGAUGUUAAUGUUUGUAUAUUGUACAGCGCCUUUAUAAAUGUGAUGUUGUGUGCAAUCUCAUAAGAAAGAAUAGAGCGCUGUAAAUUGAUGUCAUUAUUUUUGUAUUUAAAUAUUUUAAAAAAUAUUUAAGGUGGAUAAAAAACAAAAUAACAUACCCCUGUUCAGGUAAUGCACUGUAAAAUAAAGUCAUUUAUUCUCCAUGAAUUGUUCAUUUAGUUAGAACAUGUCAGUGUUGUUUUCUUAUAGAAUAAACCUUGUGAAAUUUG